CCGCGGCCGCAAGACGCCUUCAAUCCGCCCGUCGACAACAGCAACACACCCUUCCGGCCCAAGCUCGGCCAUUGGGUCCGCAGAGAGGCGGCAGUGCAUCCUCUGGAGGCUGCGCUUAAUGACCUCAAGUACGAGGACAAGCAGCUGGAAGCCCCCGAGCCCCAGCUACCUCAGGGUUUGGAUGAGACGCCCCUUACGUACGUGGACACACUAGACGGCUUGAAGAGCCUGGCACAGGCGCUCUCAGCCGUCAGAGAAGUGGCUGUUGACCUGGAAGCGCACUCUUUCAGGUCGUUCCAGGGCUUCUGCUGCCUCAUGCAGGUUUCUACUCGCACAGCCGACUACCUCGUGGAUGUCAUUGCCCUGCGCAGCCAUAUCGGCCCUCACCUGGCCCCAAUGUUUGCAGACACCAAGAUUGUGAAGGUGCUGCAUGGCUCGGACAGCGAUAUCGUCUGGCUGCAGCGCGACUUUGGCAUCUAUGUGGCCAGCCUCUUCGACACGGGCCAGGCUGCUCGUGUGCUGGCUUACCCUUCCGCGGGCUUGGCCUACCUGCUGUCCCACUUCUGCUCUGUCAAGGCGGACAAGAGGUGGCAGCUAGCCGACUGGCGCGUGCGGCCGCUGUCUGCAGAGGCGCUGCACUACGCGCGCCUGGACACCCACUACCUCCUUUACAUCUAUGACUGCCUGAAGGUCUUGCCGGACCAUUUGCAGGAGGAGGUGCCGGAGAGGGGGCCUGCCACGUGCAUGGGCGUGGUGCUGGAGCGCUCGCGGCUGCUGUGCCUGCAGCGCUACGAGAAGGAGCUCUUCUCCGAGACCUCCUACCUGGACGCCUACCGCCGCUGCCAGGAGCCCCUCACGCGCGAGCAGCUCGCCGUCUUUGCAGGACUGUAUGCGUGGCGUGACAGGACGGCGCGAGAGAGGGAUGAGAGCACUGGCUUUGUGCUGUCGCGGGCGCUGCUGGUCAAGCUGGCCAAGCGCGCGCCCUCCAACGCCCGUGACCUGCGCGCUGUUCUGGGCAAGUGGGUACCCCUCUAA